AUGACCACGUUCUUAGUGGUGGUUGUAUUCAGUGGCGGUCUUAACGGCCACCGAAGGCAAGCCAUCCGCCAGUCAUGGCUUCGGCUGUCGGGUCAGCGAAAAGUGAAGCAUUACUUCAUUAUUGGCUCUUUAGAUGUGAACCAAAGUCUAUUGGAUUCGCUUCUCGAAGAACAGAGACUUCAUAACGAUUUACUCCUAUUUCCACACCUGAAGGACACUUACACUACACUCGCUCUCAAACUUCUUCAGACCUUUAAAUGGUUUUCGAGUCAAACGAGAUUCAAAUAUUUGGUGAAAGUAGACGACGACUCCUUCCUCAGAGUCGACCAACUCUUUGAUGAGUUAUUGGAGAGAAGUGUCGCUAAAAAGGACUCAAAGCCCUUAUAUAUGGGUUUCUUUGACGGAAGAGCUCACGUGAAGAGAACGGGUCAGUGGUCUGAAAGCAAUUGGUUUUUAUGCGACCGUUAUUUGCCGUACGCUUUGGGCGGCGGUUAUGUUGUAUCUGAAGAUUUGGUGAGAUUUGUGGCACAAAACUCAAAUCUAUUGCAACUCUUCCGCAGCGAAGACGUAUCGCUCGGUGUAUGGCUUUCGGCGCUGAAUAUCAAUCGCAUUCAUGACAUGAGAUUUGACACCGAAUACCAGUCCAGAGGUUGUCUUAACUCCCAUCUAAUCAUUCAUAAGCAAAGUGUCGACAAAUUGAAGAUUUUAUACGAAAACUUACAAACUUUU